CAACCUGCUAACUAGUGUUAUUUUCUUCUUUUUCUUUCAAGAUAAGGAAAGAAGGAAAAUAAAAGAAAAAUGACUGUUUUCUUUUUUGGUGCUACUGAUUAAGACUUGAAUAGUUGCAAAGUAGCAAUCCAUCUCUACUGAAGAAAAUAACACCUAACUAAAAUCCAUUAAAAGGGGCAAGCUUUUUCUUCAAUGGAGGUUCAAGGGUAUAGGCAUGCAAGAGCAUAGUCAAUGCUGAGAUCGACAACGACACCCAUACUUCUCUCCAUUAUUACAGCUGAAGGAAGCACCUGCUUGCUCUCCGAUUCCAGUAGAAGAACCAAGGUAACCCCUAAAAAGGCGAAAGAAAGAACUAGAAGGAAGAAACUGAAGAAGUUGGAUAAGCAGAGGGUUGCAUUUAAAGCUCUCCGGUCGUAGCGAGAACGACACCAGUAUUUAGCAGGCAGAGACAGGGCGGUUGGGGGCAUAUGUAUAAUUAUUACUCUCCACUUGUUUCUUUCUUUCCUUGGGUACGCCAUUAAUGUUUGCCUCUUCCUCUUAAAAGCCCGUGCCAUUCUUCGCAGACAAUAUUUUCUUCUUUGACAAGUGUUCUUUUGCUUACCCCCCGUCUCAUCGCAAAAUCAGGAAAUCAAAAUCGUAAAUGAUUUUUUUUUAAUUGGUGAAGGAUACCCAUUAUUAAUUAUUAUUGUUAAUUAUUUGUAUUAUUUUUUGGUUAAGUUCUGGCUUCUGGGUCUCGGUUUAAACAGAAAAACACCAGCACCAAACAACAACAGCAGCAUAGAAAACAAGAAUUAAAGCUCGUGAUUGGUGAGCACUGGUCAACAUCACACCAACGACAACCACCAGCAGUUUCAUUUAAGCAAGAAGAAGAUGUGCCACGACAGGCCACGAUAACAAUCAUUACCGCUUUACAUUAUCGCAGUUACAUGAAGCCAUGGAGAAAACUCUACAAGUUCUGCUUCAAAUAUCUUCAGUUUUAUUACUGAUUCGCUGCACGCUAGCCCAGCAAGCUUUCUUGAACUCCAGCACCGAACGGUUAGCCUUGCUCGAUCUCCGGUCAUCUUUAGGUUUAAGAAGCACAGACUGGCCAAUCAAAUCCGACCCGUGUAGUACCUGGAAUGGGGUCCAUUGCAAGAAUGGCCACGUCACCGGAAUUAAUAUAUCUGGGUUUAAAAGGACCCACAUUGGGCGUCAAAAUCGCAGUUUUAGUGUUGAUUCUCUUGUUAAUUUGACGUUCUUGGAAUCUUUUAAUGCUUCUUCGUUUUCACUUCCUGGUCCGAUUCCGUCUUGGUUCGGUUACCGGCUUGGUUCACUGCAAGUUCUUGAUCUCCGGUUUAGUUCUGUGGCUGGUCCCAUUCCCGAGUCUAUCGGUAAUUUAACUACACUCAAUGCUUUAUAUCUAUCUGACAAUAGACUUACUGGCAGUGUGCCUUACGCAUUGGGGCAGUUAGUGAAGUUAUCAGUUCUUGAUCUUUCAAGAAAUUCACUCACCGGGCAAAUACCUACUUCUUUUGCGUUGCCUAGUAAUCUGUCGAGACUUGACCUGUCUUCUAAUUACUUAUCUGGUCCAAUUCCAUAUGGUUUGGGUAAUAUUUCUACACUGCAGUUCUUGGAUUUAUCAGAUAAUAGUCUUGCAGCUUCAAUUCCUGUGGAAUUGGGUAAUCUUUCUAGAUUGUUUGAGCUUAAUCUUACCAAGAAUUCAUUGUCUGGAUCAUUGCCUGUGGAGUUCAUAGGGUUGACGAGUUUGCAAAGAUUGGAAAUCGGGGAUAAUGGAUUAGAGGGUGUUUUACCUGAUAUAUUUACUACUCUUGAUAAUCUACGAGUUGUGGUCUUAAGUGGGAAUAAUUUAGAUGGUGCUAUUCCCGGUGCUUUGUUGUCAUUGCCAAAUUUGCAGGUUCUUGAUUUGUCUGGUAACAACUUCACAGGUAUUCUGUCGAAUUUUAGUUCAAAUGGCAACGCCGGUGGUGCUUUGUUUAAUCUUUCAAAUAAUCUCUUGUAUGGAAGUUUGGUUUCUCCAUUUAGGAACUUUAGUUUGGUUGAUCUGUCUGGUAAUUAUAUCCAAGGAAAGGUUCCAGAUGGUAGUCAGAGCAAUAUUAGCCUUGAUAGGAACUGCCUUCAGGCUGUGUUGAACCAGAGGAGUUUAGAGGAAUGUAAAUUAUUUUAUGAUGAGAGAGGCUUAAAUUUUGAUAAUUUUGGAGCCCCAGAGUCGACACAACCACCAUCACCUGAACCUGCCCCAAAGAAAAGAAAACGAUGGAUUUACAUUUUGAUGGGAUUGUUGGUUGGAGUUGCCUUCAUUGUGAUUUUGGUACUGAUGAUGGUAGUUGUACUGAGGAAGUGUGAUAAGAGAAUUACAAAUCAAAGAGGGAGUGCUAAUGUGGGGCCUGUUCCGGAAGGAGAUAUUCCGUCCCUUCCCAAGGAUCCUGCUAACAUAUCCAGUUUAAGAGAUUCAUUUACUUAUGAGCAAUUGCUUUCUUCAACUCGUGCAUUUAGUGAAGCAAAUCUCAUCAGGCAUGGUCAUUCUGGGGAUCUCUUUCAGGGUCUUCUAGAUGGAGGAUGCCCCAUAAUUGUCAAAAAGGUUGAUUUCCGUUCAAAAAAAGAAUCAUACAUGACGGAAUUGGAAUUAUUUAGUAAAUAUUCACAUACAAGAUUGGUUCCAUUCUUGGGGCACUGUUCAGAAAAUGAGAACGAGAAGCUUCUGGUCUACAAAUAUAUGCCUAAUGGAGACUUGGCUAGCUCCUUGUAUAGGGUAAGCGAUUUGGAGGAUGACAGUUUACAGUCUCUAGAUUGGAUAACAAGAUUAAAAAUUGCAAUAGGAGCUGCUGAAGGUCUUGCAUAUCUACAUCAUGAGUGCAACCCUCCCCUGGUGCAUAGAGAUAUUCAAGCAAGCAGUAUCCUUCUUGAUGAUAAAUUUGAGGUGCGAAUUGGAAGCCUGAGUGAGGUCCGUAUCCAGGAAGGAGAUUCACACCACAAUGUGCUCACAAGAUUCCUGCGCAAACCACAAUCCUCUGAACCAGCCCCUUCUGGCUCACCAUCAGUGUCCUGUGCUUACGACGUCUACUGCUUUGGAAAGGUUUUACUUGAGCUCAUAACAGGGAAGCUCGGCAUCAGUAAAUCAGAUGAUGCCACCACAAAGGAGUGGUUGGAACACACACUGGGAUACAUCAGUGUAUAUGACAAGGAAUUGGUGACGAAAAUUGUUGACCCAUCUCUGAUUGUAGAUGAAGAUUUGUUGGAAGAGGUAUGGGCCAUGGCCAUCGUGGCCAGGUCAUGCCUCAAUCCCAAGCCUAUGAAACGUCCCCCUAUGAAAUACAUACUCAAGGCAUUAGAAAAUCCUUUGAAAGUUGUGAGAGAAGAGAGUUACAGUUCACAGAGGCUAAGAACAACUUCAUCUAGGAGAUCAUGGAGUACCGCUUUCUUUGGCAGUUGGCGACACAGCUCAUCAGAUAACGCCACCAUUGUAGGCCACACGAAUCGAGAAGGUGGCAGUGGCUUAAGGCAGCCCGGAAGAGUAGGAUCAUAUGGCAGUGGUGGAAUUGAACAUUCAUCUUCUAAUAAAAGAUUCUCCAACGAAAUUUUCCCUGAGCCGUUGGAAAUGCAAGAUUUAGAGCAGCAAGAUGAAAAUUAGCUAGCAUGGCAUCUGCAGCUGUUUCAUAGAUGUUGUGGGCUUCAGAGUUGAGUGCUAACGAAUUAUCCUCAAUACCCUCUUAUCAUCAGUGCACAGGAAAGUGAAUGAGCUCAAGCUGGAGCUGAUACAGUCGAGGCAUAAUUAAAUGGUUAAUGAAGGGAGGCCUGGAAAAGAGUCAGAAGAAGAAGAAGCUGUAUUUUUUAUAAAUAUUCUUUUUAUGUUUUGAAAGCUGGUUAGCUAUCUAACAAGCUGCAAUUUUUCAUUGAAUUUUCUGGAGUGUGGAAAAUAUACUGUCAAUGAUGAGGUUUUCUUGUUUGGGUGGUUGUAAGGACCUUCCGACAUUUUCCAUGUUCAGAAUUCAAAAUCCAGCGUGUACAAGUCUCAACCUGCAAACAAUUUCCGUGUUUCUGGCUCUAUCGCGGUAUUGUGAA